UGAAUGUGGUUAUGAUAUGCAUCAGAGUAUUAUUUUUGAUGAGAGAGAUGUAUUAUAAAUGUAAUGGAUAAGGUUUUGUGACAGAGAUAGUGCGCAAUAUAUAAUUUCGGGAAUGUACAGAAAAACGAUAAAAUGUACAUGAGAGAUAUAAGUGCACAAUUUUAUUUUUAAUAAUAAGUUUAAUAUGAAAAAAGAAUAUUGCGGAUAAAGUGAGAGAUAUAUAUGUAUAUAUUUUCUCUGUUUAUUCUUCCCCUACACAAUUUGUGGGUUUUCGCUCACAUAUAGAUAUUUUCGAAUUGUUCGUUUUUUGAAAAUAUCAUGCAUUCCAACAUAUUGUUUAACAACUUCAGUGGUUAUUUUUAUCAGUCUUGAGACGUUUUAUAGAAGAAAAGUAAUUUUAUAAUGAUGUUCCAAAAGUUUUUUUACAACAUAAAUAAUCUGCAGUUAUUUCGUAUUACGAUACUCGACAUUUACUAAUUAUUUUAUGUCUACACACCUCUGUGAUCAUAUAAUUAAUCAUUUUAUAUGGUGAUACUUUUAUGGAAAGCUAAUGUGUGGAGCUCAUUCUACGAUACAAAAAAUGGUAGAAAAGGUACCUCUGCGGAAAGCUAUUUCUCGGUUGGACUUUCCGGCAGUUGCAGCCUUUGGCAAUCCUUUGCUAGACAUAUUUGUAAUACUGAAAAAUGAUGACUUACUUAAAAAAUAUAAUCUUGAAAGUGACGGUGAAAGAGAAUUAUGUGAAGAGAAAAUGCAGGAAUUAAUUGCUGAUUUACCACAUACAGAACAAAGUACUUUUCCUGGAGGAUCCGCACAAAAUACCAUGAGGAUCUUACAGUGGCUUUGUGACGAUUCUCAUGAAUCUCAAGUAACCAGUUUUUAUGGUGGUCUCGGAAAUGAUCAGAAGGGUUCGAUUUUAGAGAAAUUAGUUCGAAUUGCUGGAGUGGAUGUAAGGUAUGCCAUACAUCCAGCUUUACCUACUGGAUUAUGUGUUUCGUUAGUGCACGACACAUCCCGCAGUCUUGUUGCAAAUAUUGGUGCAGCUAGUGUGUAUACGUUGGAUGAUCUGAAGAAGGCUAAUCUACGUUUAGAUAGCAUUAAAAUAAUUUAUAUCGAAGGAUAUUUUAUAACUCACGGCCUGGAUGUCGCUAAAGAAUUAGUUAAGCAAGCGCAAGAAAAGAAUAUUAUUAUAGCAUUCAAUCUUAGUGGUUUAUAUAUAUUUCAGGAACAUCAAGCGGCUGUGUGCGAGAUGGUUGGCUAUGCCAAAAUCGUAUUCGGCAACGCGAGAGAAAUGAUAGCGCUAGCACAAGCAUUGAAUGUGAAAUAUGAUGAUGUCACUGACAUACCCUUUUUACUUAACAGUUUAAAGAGAAUUACAGUGGACGUUUCUAGCGCCAACAGCAAGGAUUGGUUGGCUGACGACGGUAUAUUCAUCAUGACGCGUGGUGGAUCCGCACCGUCAAUCAUUGUUUGGGGCAAAGGACAUUCCGUUCAGGUACCACCUGUUCCACCGAAAGCACCUAUUACGGACACCACAGGCGCUGGGGACGCUUUGGUGGCCGGUUUUCUAGCCGGCGUUUUAGCUCGCUGGGAUCCGAAGAGCUGCUUAGAAUUAGGAUGCAAAGUCGCGUCUUAUAUGAUUACCAGACUCGGCGUUACGUUACCGAGCAGCGUACCUUCUGAUCUAUUGCUAUAAUGUGAUUUGAUCUCCUUAGAAGAUUAAUGACUGAUCGUUACCUGAUGUACCAAUGUAUAAUUAUACGAUUAUUUAUUAUUCCUUUUAAGUUUGUUUUAUUAG